AUGGGGGUGAUGGGGGUGAUGGGGGUGAUGGGGGUGGUGGGGGUGAUAAGGGUGAUGGGGGUGAUGGGGGUGAUAGGGGUGAUGGGGGUGAUGGGGGGUGAUGGGGGUGAUGGGGGUGAUAGGGGUGAUGGGGCUGAUGGGGGUGAUGGGGAUGAUGGGGGUGAUGGGGGUGAUGGGGGUGAUGGGGAUGAUGGGGGUGAUGGGGGUGAUAGGGGUGAUCGGGGUGAUGGGGGUGAUGAGGGUGAUGGGGGUGAUGGGGGUGAUGGGGGUGAUGGGGAUGGUGAUGGGGGUGAUGGGGAUGAUAGGGGUGAUCGGGGUGAUCGGGGUGAUCGGGGUGAUGGGGAUGAUGGGGGUGAUGGGGGUGAUGGGGGUGAUGAGGGUGAUGGGGGUGAUGGGGGUGAUGGGGGUGAUGGGGAUGGUGAUGGGGGUGAUGGGGAUGAUAGGGGUGAUCGGGGUGAUCGGGGUGAUGGGGAUGAUGGGGGUGAUGGGGGUGAUGGGGGUGAUGAGGGUGAUGGGGGUGAUGGGGUGAUGGGGGGGGUGAUGGGGUGA